AUGACUGAUCCUCACGCUUUGCAAUAUUCUCACAUCGGAGGUACGACUCUCGAGCUCCUUGAUCGCUUUGCCGUAUCGGAGCUGUGCAAAGGUUGGCCAGUAUACCGCGAUGCCAGCGAAUGGGCAAACUACCGUUCCCUCUUCACCGACGACGCCUACGUCUGGACAACCUGGAGCGGCCCGCAGCCCAUAGACGACUUCAUCCGCCUCUCCAUCACUGGCAAGGAGGCCGGUGUCUUCAUCAUGCACCGCGAGUGCGGAACUCUAGUUGAGGUCAACCCGCAAACGAACCGCGCCAUCGGAAAAAUGAAGGCCACAAUCACGCAGCGCUUCAAGCACCCAGAAGGUUUCGAGUACGACGUCGACUGCGAUUGUCGCUUCAUUUUCUUCUGCGAGAAAGUUACAAAUGACGACGGACGCCACGACUGGAAAGCCGUAUUCGUGAAGCUGGUGUACGAGAAAGACAAGGUGGUCCUCGUGGAUGGUCAAUCUACACCGCUCUUCGCCGAAGAGGUUCUGGCUAGGUUCCCCCUAGGAUACAAGUACCUCGGGGCGGCUCAAGCCUCGCUGGGUUACGAUAUCGAUGUCGGAUUGGUCACGGGGCAGAACGCCGCUUCUUGCAAAGAAAUGUAUCGAAACAUGGAGAGAUGGUUAGCGGAGCCUGCCUUGUGCCGAACUUUUCGAAUUGGGUAG